AUGGCCGUUCGUCAUGAUUCUCGCUCUCGUCCAGGAGGAGAUCGACCUCUACUCCAUUGCACCUAUUGCAACUAUGAUCACCAUACCCGAGAUACCUAUUACCAACUUCAUGGAUACCCACCUGGUCACCCCCGCUAUGGCCAGAAGCCCGUUCCACGCCGCAACCACAACAACAACGGCAGCAGCAGUCAGCACAACACCAACAGCACCAGCGACAACAGCCACCGUUCUCAUGCCUCAUCUGCUGCCCACCAAGUCACCGCCCAUGCUCCAACUCUCCAAGAUAUUCAGUCCGCCAUGCCCCACUUAUCCGACAUCCAAUAUCAACAAAUCAUGUCCGUGAUGGUUGAUACAUCCAGUUCCUCUCCUUCCAACCCGCAAGCACAUGCUGCUUCUGCUAGUUCCUUUUCUCAAGAUGGGUUACGCUGUUCCGUAACUUUUUUUCCUUCUUGGGUUCUUUUGCAGGACUUGGUUUCGAAGACGACGAUUGGUGUGGGUAAGCGACGAGGAGAUCUUUACUACCUAGUGGCGCUCGCCUCCACCACCUCCGAUGACCGUCCAUCUUCCUGUCACCUUCUCACCACCUCCACCAACCUUUGGCACCGCCGGCUGGGACAUCUUUCCCCAGCCCUUCAACAAAUCCGUGUUGACAAUGGGGGAGAAUUCUUCUCCAUGCGCAAUUUCUUUUCUGACCAUGGGAUAAUUUAUCAACACUCUUGCGUUUACACACCCCAACAAAAUGGAGUUGUUGAACGCAAACACCGCCAUCUCCUUGAAACUGCACGAGCCCUUCGUUUUCAAUCUAAUUUGCCUAUAAAAUUUUGGGGGGAGUGUGUUCUUACUGCCGUUUACCUUAUCAAUCGUUUCCCUACAUCUCUCCUCCACAACAAAACCCCUUUUGACAUUCUCUACCACAAAGCACCCUCUUACAACCAUAUGAGAGUUUUUGGUUGCCUUGCCUAUGCCACCUCUGUUCACCCAAGCUCCAAAUUCGCUCCUCGAGCCCACAAAUCUGUUUUCAUUGGCUAUCCCAUUGGCCAGAAAGCUUACAAACUUUAUGACCUUGAAACCCAUAAAACUUUCACUAGCCGCGACGUUCUCUUCAUGGAAGAUACGUUCCCUUUCUCCAGCCCCGACCCAUCCACACCACCACAUACCACCGGACCCUCCCUUCCUUUAUUGCCCUUUACUGACCCGGACCCAUUCCCUUUGACCUCCGGCCCUUCUCCUCCUUCUCCGUCCACCACCGGCCCUGCCCCAGGCCCAGACCUCCUCCCUCCACCCACGGACCCCACUCCUUCUGCCACCAGUCCUACCCCAGACUCAGACCUCCCUCUUCCCACGGAUCCCACUCCUUCCGCCAGCGUCCCGGUCACCCAGCCCGCCCCUGACACGCCUCGGCCCACCCGUAUCUCCUCCCGUCCCAAGCAACCCUCCACACGCCUCAAGGACUUCGUUUGCUCGCAGGUGAUUCUGCCCCCACAUCAAUCCUCGUCUUCGUCGACCGGUCCUUCACCAGGUACUCGUUUUCCCCUCUGUAAUUUUAUUUCUUACCAUCGGUACUCGCCCAGACAUCUUUCUUUUGUUAACUCCAUCAGUCGCAGUGUAGAACCUUCCUCUUUUGCAGAGGCUAACAGCGAUCCUCGCUGGCGUGAGGCUAUGGACUCCGAACUUGCUGCUCUUGCUGACAAUCACACUUGGACCCUUACUCCUUUGCCUCCUGGCAAAUUUCCCAUUGCCUGCAAAUGGGUGUACAAGAUCAAACACCGUGCUGAUGGUUCUGUUGAGCGCUACAAAGCCCGCCUUGUUGCCAAAGGUUUUACUCAAACCGAGGGCCUGGAUUAUCAUGAAACCUUUUCUCCCACUGCCAAGAUGAUCACUGUUCGUUGUCUUUUGGCCGUCGCCGCCAGUCAGCACUGGGUUAUCCAACAACUCGAUGUUCAUAAUGCCUUUCUCCAUGGUGAUUUACAUGAGGAGAUCUAUAUGUCCCCUCCUCCUGGUCUUCGGCGACAGGGGGAGAACCUUGUGUGUCGCCUCCACAAAUCUCUCUAUGGACUUAAACAAGCUUCUCGACAGUGGUUUGCCAAGUUUACUGAAGCCAUCCUUGCUGCUGGUUUUAUCCAAUCAAAGGCCGAUUAUUCUCUCUUCACCCGCAAAGUUGGCAAGUCUUUUACAGCAUUAUUAAUUUAUGUUGAUGAUAUUCUGAUUACAGGAAAUGAUAUUGAUGCCAUUAAUUCUCUCAAGAGUUUUCUACACACCCGUUUCCGUAUCAAAGACUUAGGUGAUUUGAAAUAUUUUUUGGGUAUUGAAGUCUCCCGAUCCAAGAAAGGCAUUUAUGUUUCACAAAGAAAAUAUGCACUUGAGAUACUCAAAGAUUAUGGGUUCUUAGGUGCUCGACCAGUUGACUUUCCAAUGGAGGAAGCCAAGCUUUCUGACAAAGGUGAAUUACUCAAAGAUCCCGAAAAAUACAGACGAUUGGUGGGACGACUGCUCUAUCUAACUAUUACCCGACCAGACAUCACCUAUUCGGUACAUGUCCUAAGUCGCUUCAUGCACCAGCCACGAUUACCUCACAUGGAUGCUGCUCUUCGAGUUGUUCGAUAUCUCAAGUCCACUCCAGGUCAAGGUUUGCUUUUUCAGUCUGAUAACAAGUUAGAUUUAAUUGCUUAUUGUGAUUCGGAUUGGGCUGGUUGCCCCAUAACCCGUCGUUCAACUACUGGAUAUUGUGUAUUCUUGGGUAAUUCAUUGAUUUCCUGGCGAACUAAGAGACAAAGGACGGUUUCACUGUCCUCUGCAGAAGCCGAAUAUAGGGCCAUGGCAAGCACCUGUUGUGAGGUUACUUGGUUACGUUUUCUGUUGCAAGAUUUGCACUUGCCAUCUUCAGAAGCAUCUCGUAUGUAUUGUGAUAAUCAGGCGGCAUUACAUAUAGCAGCAAAUCCAGUUUUCCAUGAGAGAACACGACAUAUUGAGAUGGAUUGUCAUUUUAUUCGUGACAAAAUAAUUGAUGGUACUGUUUCUACAUGGCAUGUGAAUUCUUCACAGCAACUAGCUGACACAUUUACGAAACCUUUGGGCAAGGAGAAGUUUUCAGCUAUGUUGCGCAAGUUGGGCGUUCUUGACAUCCACUCUCCAACUUGA